AUGGCCGGAACCAUCCUCUGCGCCGGUGUCCAGUCCGGGCGCGGUGUCCAACCCAGCUCCAUGUCCAGAGCCUUCCACUGCGCCGGUGCCCAUUCCAGGCACGGCGACCAACCCAGCUCCAUGGCCGGAUCCGUGCCCCAGCUCUAUCCCCCAGCCUCAGCUCUUCACCCCAGCUCUAUCCCCCAGCCUCAGCUCUAUCCCCCAGCCCCAGUUCUAUCCCCCCAGCCCCAUCCCCCAACCCUAUCCCCCAACCCUAACCCCCAGCUCUAUCCCCCAGCCCCAACCUUAUCCCCCAGCUCUAUCCCCCAGCCCCAAACUUAUCCCCCAGCUCUAUCCCCCAGCCCCAACCUUAUCCCCCAGCUCUAUCCCCCAGCCCCAGCUCUAUCCCCCAGCUCUAUCCCCCAGCCCCAACCCCAUCCCUCAGCUCUAUCCCCAGCCCCAACCUUAUCCCCCAGCUUUAUCCCCCAGCCCCAACCCUAUCCCCCAGCUCUAUCCCCCAGCCCCAACCUUAUCCCCCAGCUUGAUCCCCCAGCCCCAACCUUAUCCCCCAGCUCUAUCCCCCAGCCCCAACCUUAUCCCCCAGUUCUAUCCCCCAGCCCCAACCUUAUCCCCCAGCUCUAUCCCCCAGCCCAAACUCUAUCCCCCACCCCCAGCCCCAUCCCCCAACCCUAUCCCCCAACCCUAUCCCCCAACCCUAACCCCCAGCUCUAUCCCCCAGCCCCAACCUUAUCCCCCAGCUCUAUCCCCCAGCCCCAAACUUAUCCCCCAGCUCUAUCCCCCAGCCCCAACCUUAUCCCCCAGCUCUAUCCCCCAGCCCCAGCUCUAUCCCCCAGCUCUAUCCCCCAGCCCCAACCCCAUCCCUCAGCUCUAUCCCCAGCCCCAACCUUAUCCCCCAGCUUUAUCCCCCAGCCCCAACCCUAUCCCCCAGCUCUAUCCCCCAGCCCCAACCUUAUCCCCCAGCUUGAUCCCCCAGCCCCAACCUUAUCCCCCAGCUCUAUCCCCCAGCCCCAACCUUAUCCCCCAGUUCUAUCCCCCAGCCCCAACCUUAUCCCCCAGCUCUAUCCCCCAGCCCCAACCUUAUCCCCCAGCUUUAUCCCCCAGCCCCAACCCUAUCCCCCAGCUCUAUCCCCCAGCCCCAACCUUAUCCCCCAGCUUGAUCCCCCAGCCCCAACCUUAUCCCCCAGCUCUAUCCCCCAGCCCCAACCUUAUCCCCCAGUUCUAUCCCCCAGCCCCAACCUUAUCCCCCAGCUCUAUCCCCCAGCCCAAACUCUAUCCCCCACCCCCAGCCCCAUCCCCCAACCCUAUCCCCCAACCCUAACCCCCAGCUCUAUCCCCCAGCCCCAACCUUAUCCCCCAGCUCUAUCCCCCAGCCCCAAACUUAUCCCCCAGCCCUAUCCCCCAGCCCCAACCUUAUCCCCCAGCUCUAUCCCCCAGCCCCAGCUCUAUCCCCCAGCUCUAUCCCCCAGCCCCAACCCCAUCCCUCAGCUCUAUCCCCAGCCCCAACCUUAUCCCCCAGCUUUAUCCCCCAGCCCCAACCCUAUCCCCCAGCUCUAUCCCCCAGCCCCAACCUUAUCCCCCAGCUUGAUCCCCCAGCCCCAACCUUAUCCCCCAGCUCUAUCCCCCAGCCCCAACCUUAUCCCCCAGUUCUAUCCCCCAGCCCCAACCUUAUCCCCCAGCUCUAUCCCCCAGCCCCAACCUUAUCCCCCAGCUCUAUCCCCCAGCCCCAACCUUAUCCCCCAGCUCUAUCCCCCAGCCUCAGCCAUAGCCUCCAGCCGCAGGAUGCCAACCAAGAUGACAAUCGCAGGGAUCAGGAGUGGACCGGUCACCUUUGCUAAGGCAUGGGAACCUGUCGAUCCGGCUGAGGCGCGGGAGCAUGACGACCUAGAGCGCUCGGAGAGAGAGCAUACAAACCUGACGAACCGGCUGAGGAGUGAGAGCCUGAUGAGUCGGCUGAGACCUCCCCGGUUGCCUCAGUUGAGGCACGGGAACCUGUUCACCCAGCUUAGGCAUGGGAGCCUAUCGAACCCCCUGAGGCCUCCCAGGUAG